CCGAUGCCCCGCCAACAGCGCAACCAGCGAAAGCCCAAGGACGGCGCCGAGCCGUACUCCAAGCCCAAGGAAGGCAGCAAGGAAGGCGGCGCCAAGGGCCGGCGCAAUGGCCGUGGCGGCCGCGGUGGCCGCGGUGGCCGUGGCAACAAGCCCAAGCCCAAGACCACGGAGGACCUCGACAAGGAGAUGGACGGCUACUGGAACAAGAGCGCCGAGCACGCCCAGAAGCAGCUCGACAACGACAUGGACGACUACUGGAAGAAGAAGGACGAAGUCGUCGCGGACGAGCCGGUCGAAGAGGCCGCGCCUGAGACGGCAACCGACGCCACGGCCGCCGAGUAAAACCCGUGGCCGACACGGGCGGGUCGAUAUUUUAUAAGCACGAUCAAACACAAGAACCCUUCCGUCGCAACGAGUCUAUGCAAAGCCCCCGCCAGUCGCCCCCGCCCAGCGUCGCCGACGAAGGCUUGAAGCCUGCCAUGCCGCUAGUCCUUGCUCGUCUUACUUGGUCCAGGCCUCUCUCUCAAUGCAGCCCAGGCCUCUGUCAAUGCAGCCCAGGCCUCUCUCAAUACAGCAAUGCUACCUGCACUCAAUACCGCGUUGACUCGUACUUUGGUACGUGGCAUGCCUCCACGCUCAUGUCAAGCCGCUUCCGACGCCUCGCAGAGCUCAGCACUCAUGCCAACACAAGAUAAGAUCUCUUCGCGAUGGCUUGGCGUAGCUUCCUCGAUGCUAGUAUAGCUCGUCGUUGCUUCAAGAAGAAAUGUGUAGUCGACA